AUGAUGGCGCCUAUUGACGAGCGGCCGUCGAAACGCGCUCGCCAGGCCUGUGAGCCUUGCCGGCGCAAGAAGUCACGAUGCCCCGGAGAAAAGCCGAUUUGUUCCUACUGCGAGCGUCUGGGUCAGAAAUGUAUUUAUGCCGGCGAGGCGGUAGAAGAGGGGUCUGAUUUUGCAAAAAAUAUGGUAAUAUUUCCACACGAUAUUCUUAUGGUCAAGGCUUACAGAAAUUUACAGGAGGACCGCGUUUCUCGCAUUGAGAGCAAGCUUGAACAGCUGAUUGAUUAUAUUACUACUGGCAGUCAGCAACCCCUAGCCGAGGCCGGAUCUUCGGAUACCAGGGAUACUCCAACAUAUUCGCCAGCACAUUUUGCUUCGUUCCCUACAAAUCGUGUUGUCAGAGACGGCUCCCAUGAUCAAUCAGCUGUGCAAUUGUAUCUCACUUUCUGCAACUCGCAGCCUCUGCCAUUGUUUCCUCAAGGGAUCUCUGCGACAUCUCUGUGUGGCAGAGAUCCGGAGCUUGUGCUUUCAAUCGAGGCCUUGGGCCUUCGAUUCAGGGGAAACGGCGUCAAGGAAUUCCCAAUUGAACAAGAGAUCACUUCAAAGACAGAAAUGUCCUGCCAGAUGGUCAUGAAACGUCUUGCGGAUGGGAAUCUUGAACUUUCAACAAUUCAAGCACUAUGUCUUCUCAGCAUGUUGGAAUUCACUGCUGGAAACUUAGUCCGGGCAGGAUUCUAUACAAGAAUGGCAGACUACUUCAUGCGAAACAUCAGACCGACAAGCUUUGAGUUCCUUAAAUAUCUUGAAACAGAACAAGAUGAGCGAAAAUUGUGCUACGCAAGCGUGACAAUGCUCCAAAAUCUCCAAGGACCUUCAAAGCAGUGGUCUACUCAAGGGGUUCUCGACCGGUCCAUCUCUACGGGGCUUGCUACUCCUAUCUUCGAAACAUUAAUACCAAGAAUGGAUUCCAGAAGAGGUGGGAGUGACCCUAACCGUGACAUUGGUAUCAAUGCAGCCGUGAUGCAUACUACUGACUUAUGGGCAUUGGCCUGCAAAUAUGCUAUGGGCAAUGCUGGGGGCGACACAAAUCCUCCCUGGUUCCCGCAGUCAGACUAUGCGACAAUCACAUAUUGGCACACCGAGCAUGAGAGUUGCAUGCCAUUGAAAUUCAGACUCCAUGCCAGUCGAUUCCCAGAUUAUAAUCCGACUGACUUACAGGAAAAUCGUGCUUACUGGGGCCCUUGGCUAUUCUACCAAAUAGUCUGGCAUGCAGUUCCAUGUCUAUUGAACCAUCCUUUUCUUCUUUCCAUGCGACUGAGGAAUUUUAGAAGGACUAUGCCCCAGUCAUUCCUCCGCAACUCCUUUGAGCAGCUCACCCUCCACUCGGGCUGGAUAAUUCAUUUUCUAGAAUUGUUUGAAAGAAAAGGCUAUGAGGUAUCCGAUCCCACCUUGGGCCAUUGUGUCGCCAUUGUUGCGACGAUUUAUCUUCAACAUAGCUUCGCCGACGACCAAACUUUCAGUAGAAAGGCCCAGACUGGCUUCGAGAAAUGCCUUAGAUUUUUACGCCUAAUGGGACGUCGCUGGCCACACAUUGAUCGACAGGUCCGGCAACUGGAACAGCUUCAUGGCAGCAUUUCGCCUGGAAGUCAGACAGCCGACGCUAGUAUACAAGCACAAUCUGAUACAAAAUGGUCCGUCAAUCUACAUUUGAUGUGGAAAAUUCUGGUCUAUUCCCGUGCAAGCAGAGCUCCAGAUCCCACUGGUGACAUGUUCGGCCCUAUAAUGGCCAAGGAGAAGCCCAGCGAGCUAGGACUACUAUCGGAUGAUUUGAUUGCUGAACGCGACUUUACCCUUAUUGGAUCGGCUGGGAUUUCAGGACACAAAACCGUCGCACCAGAAUGCGUUACAUACCCCCCAGAGCAGGCUGAGCAUCAAGGAUCCAGUUCUCAGCCGUCCGGCAUGGAAUUUCAGGGAUUCGCCAGAUACCAAAACUUGGACUUCGCGGGUGGAGAAACGCUCCUUUUGCAAAUGCAGGAUUACGAUAAAGCAUUCGAGGAUUGGCUAAGCCUGAAUCCUUCAUGA